UGGCACCUCUUCAGCAGCCCAUCCCUAUUCAGAAAAGCACUUAAGCGUAUGUUGAACUUUAAGCAUGUGGGACUUAAGUGCUUUGCUGAUGAAAUGAAUUUAAGUACCUGCUUACUUGCUUUGCUGAGUUAGGGCUUGUUUUGGUGGAGUAAGAAAAUCACAAUAUCAUAAUUUCAAGUAGUAAAAUGUCCCUCUCACUUUCCAAAGGGCAGUUUCCAGCACUGGAAAAGAUCUCUGAACAUACUUUAAGUGCUACAUUAAAGACCAAUAUUAAGAUGGGAGAACAAGGAUUAGGUCUUAUAGUAAUUCAGAAUGGACCAUAUCUCCAGAUAACAAGUCUUGUUCAGAAAGGCUCUGCAGCUAAGAAUGGAAGACUCAAACCAGGUGAUAUUUUGAUUAAAAUUGGACACGCUAACGUUUUAGGAUGGACACUGCGAGAGCUUUGGCAACUUUUGCACAAUAUUCCCAUAGGAUCAGUUCUACAGAUCAGGGUUUACAGAGAUUUUGUUGAAGUACCUCAGCACUGGCAAAAUGCACUUGAAUUAGUUCCUGAAGUAAAGCCUCCUGUGAAGACAGACAUUUCAAGUAAAGACAGUGAGACAAAAGACGACACGUGGACAAGUAGUGAUGAUUAUGAAGAUGCAGACUCUGACAGAAGUCUUAUAUAUGAAACUACACAAUCAUUUUGUUCUACCAAAGAAUUGCCAUCAAUAUCGAAAACUUGGCAUGCAUUUAAAAGAAAAAAACACACAUUUACUGUAGGUGCUGACAUUGGAUGUGACAUUAUAAUUCAUAAAGAUUUUGAUGCAUGGUAUAGUUCUGACUUUGCUACUGAUGGUAUUAGAUCUCUUUCAUACUGGACUAUGGAAACACAUGACAGCGAGUCAACAUCAUCCUCUUCCUCUAUAUCAGAUGCAUUUUGGCUUGAAGAGUUUGCCAGUAUUUUGGAAUAA